UUUAUUAUAUCAACCCUUAACCAAGGUUCUUGAGUCUUAAGUUUAAACUUAUUGCGAUUUACCUACAGAUAGAGUUGCUUCAAAACUUGAACUUCCAGAUAUGUAUUUCAAAUAGCCAUCAUUUUACUGAAUGGAGUUUUUCAAAGGCUGGCUAUUUUCACUGGAAAAGCUAUUUCAAUGAAUGUUGAAUAAACCUUGGUGUUCCCAUAUAAAGACGCUGAAUAUCAUCAUGAACCUGCCAUUUUCAUCCUAUUAGCUACAAAAAUGGCUUCAAAUGGUACAUAAGGAACAAGGAGCUGAAAACAUGGAGCAAAUUUAAUGGUGGAUUAAAUAAUGGAAGUAAUUUGAAAAAUACAAUCAAAAUUUAACAAUUUAAUUGAAUGUAUUAAAUUGAGGUGUUGGUGUAACAAUUGGUUACGGAAGUGGACCAGUCUGAUGAUAGCUGCUGAUUUUGUGUGCUUGACCAUUAACUAAAUACCCUUCUGGUUUUGAAGCUUAAUUAUAGAUAAUAAUACAGCUGAAGCCAACGCUCUACACGGUGAAUUACAGUCGAUUAACAGUUGAAUUGGUCACAUUUCAAGUUCUUAAACCUGUCUACUUUGAACCAUGGGAAACCAGGAGCCAUUUUUUGACUAUAACUUGAAGAUCUAAUUAUUCAACAAACAAUCAAUAUCUUAUCGAGCAUUUGUUUGUAUUCCUAAAUCAUCAUUAUAAUCCUGAUCAUCAUCUUGAUCAUCAUUUUUUAAAGCCUGCAUAUUUGGCUUACUGGUUAAAUCAAGAAGUACAAUCGAUUACGUUGGUUACCAUAGAGUAAACAAAUUAACACAGGUGAUAGUUAAAUGUGACCCAAAUUGAAUGGCAGCAAACAAAUUUCAAGAUGACAUAUUCAAUUGAGUUAAUCUUUAUUACAUCCAGAGUUAUUAUCCCUUAAUUGGUACCAAAUUUGCAGAGUGGAAGCAAUGUUUUUCCCUGAACAAAAGUAUGGAAAGAUUGAGUGAUGGAAAACAAUAACAGUAUAAUGAUAAUACAAGUAAUACACAUUUAAUAAUUCAUAUAUUAUGGAUGGUUUGCUUGUAUCUACAAACUUGACAUUUUGUUUCUGUUAACUCUAAUAAUUGAUGUUUACAGACUGUAUUUAGAUGAUUUAAUGAGCCUACAGGGUGGCAACCAGCACUCCAACCAACACCUUUUCGUAUUCCAAAAGACCAUAUUCAUCCAUCAUCAUCAUCAUUCUCGUCUCCCUUUCAGUUACAAUUCUUGAGAUGGAAACUGGUUUUCAUUUCUUUCUCUUCAUCAGUGCUGACUAAACCUCUCAUCUUAAAGGUUUCCUAUUGACUCUCAUUUCAUGAUAAACUGGUAACUGCCAUAUUUAAACUGCAAUAUUCACCGCAAGCUUCAUUAGUGAACAACAAUUGGAUUACAAUUUGUGUUAUUAAUCAAACCCAGGAACGAUCCCUGUCGAUAGACCAACGGACAUCUCUAAUUGCUUCUGGAUCAUUGACCAGCUCUCAAUUGUUUUCAAUUGUCGAUGGCAUCCAUCUGAUCACUUCUUGAAUUAUCCUUUAAUGUGUUCAUACAAUUAUUGCCGUGUGUGCAUCGAUUCAUCAUUUUAAUUGUUAUAUCACCAUCGUACCUUGUUCAGUGUUUAUCCCAGUGAUUGUCAACAUAAAUUGAAACCAUCUCGAGUUUAUACCAAAAAUGGAUGAUAUAAGAAAGUUGAAUGAAAACAUGAGAAAAAGUAUCAACAAUUUAUACCAAAAUGUCCAGGAAUACUGGUCCAGUCGGAUAGCUCCUCACUUUAAGAAACGAACCAGUGAAGUGAACCCAACUCGUGGACCUGAAACAAAAACCAAUACAUUGACUCGUCCAGCUGAUCGUACACCAGCUUCACCUCCACCCUUACUACGAAUAAUAAUGGUUGGAUCUGGUGGUGUUGGUAAAUCAGCAUUGACCUUACAAUUUUUGUACGACGAGUUUGUUGAAGACUAUGAACCAACCAAGGCUGAUACUUACAGGAAACAAGCUCAUGUUGAGGAUGAAGCAGUUAUGGUUGACAUUUUGGACACAGCUGGACAAGAAGAUUAUGCAGCUAUCCGAGAUAAUUAUUUCCGUUCUGGUGAAGGAUUUCUGUGUGUCUUUUCAAUUACCGAAGGAGAAUCUUUUGCUGCAACAAGUGAAUUCCGUGAACAGAUUCUUCGAGUAAAAGGCGAUGAAUCGUCCAUUCCAUUUUUAUUGGUUGGCAAUAAAGCUGAUUUAGAUGAGAAAAGGGUUGUUUCCAAGGAGGAGGCUCAACGAUUAGCUGAUGCCUGGAAUGUGCCAUACAUUGAAACAAGUGCAAAAACAAGAGCCAAUGUCGAGGCAAUAUUUUAUUAUUUGAUGAAAGAGAUUUACAAAAAGAAACGAACUCGAUUAACCACCAAUACCACAGUUAACAACAAGAAUGCUAAGAAAAAGAGUAAAACUCUUUGCAAUAUUUUGUAGAGUAAUUUUUCAUUCUUGUCUUCACACAAUCAUGAUAUAAUGUAAAGUCAAUGAUUUACAUUUCAAAAAGAGCUGAUUGAAAUAUUGUUACUUUUUUUAUUAGUUAUUCCAAUGACGCAUUUUCAAUUAGUUAUUAUCAAUUUUAACUAUUGAACUUUAAUGUUCUUUUUUCAUUGAUUUAACAUCUGAAACAAAUUUUUCAUCAUUUCAUGUAAAUAGACCAUAUAAUAUAAAAACGAAUAAUUUUACAAGAAAA